AUGGUGAAUGUCGCCGGCAGAAGCAGAGGCUGCGCAACAUGUCGGAAACGCAGAGUCAAGUGCGACCAAUCGCUCCCCGAGUGCCUGAGGUGUCUUGGCAUGGGCAUCAAGUGCCCUGGUGCUCGCACAGAGGCCUUUUUCGUCCACACAGUCGUGCCGAAUGCUUCGUUGCGUGAUUCUUCAUCAGCUGCUCUCACAUGUAUCAAGACGAAAUCACCACAUACGAUGAUGAUGCACCCAUCACAUCUUCCGGCGCUGCAGCCAGCUCGUGCCGAUGCCUUUGAUCAGCUUUUCGUGUCGCAUUUCAUCGACGCCUUUUUCGGUUCGGCGAGGCCAUCUUUGCCUGUUCCCAACGGACCAUCCAAGAUUUGGUUACACGAACUUCCUGACUUUCUCGCCUCUCCCUGCCCAUCUCCUGUGCAGUAUUCCAUCCGCGCAGCGUCGAUGCUCAGCUAUGGCACUGUCACUGGAGAUGUAUCCAUCAAAACCGAGGCCUGUAGAUGGUACAUGAGAGCGCUGCAGAGCUUGCGACAUCUGCUGUCCCUUGACGACCUAGGCUCAUCACUAUAUUCUCCGGAAAGCACAGUAUGCGCGGCCGUCAUGCUCAUCCACUUUGAAACUUCUGCUGGCACCAGUCCAAAGGCAUGGCUGCCACAUGUCAAUGGUGCGGCUUCAUUGCUGGAAGCACGGGGGCCGGAGCGUUGCCGGGACGGAUUCAUGCAUCAGAUAUUUAGGCAUUUGCGGCUACAAACGUUUGUCGCGGCAAUGGCUGAUAAUAGGCUUCACCCGUUUGCCUCUCCGCAAUGGAGGACGAUUCCGUUUGAGAGUCAUCCGAAGCUAAUUUUUGACAACUUGGUCGAUGUUCUCUUUGCUGUACUGAGGUGCUUGUCAACAGCAAAUCAUCUCAUUUCAUCCGAUGCCGACAAUACACGCGGAUUACAAACAGAACUCGGAAACCUCAUCCAAGAUGCUAGGCUUCAAAUCCAUGAGUGGAGAUCAGAAGCCAUCUUCUACGUCUCUCUGGAAGAUCAGAGCCUCUCAGUUACUGAAACUGAAGAAGAUGUUGCAACAUCGUUGGAUCCCCGCCACUUUAUGCUGCCAUAUACCGAUAUUCCAUCAGUGGCAUUGGUCUCACUCUACGAUGCCGCCAACAUAAUCGUACUUCGCCUCCUACACUUGGUUUCUCCCACGGCAUCUCUAUACGACGCACGCAUCCAACAGCACACACAGUCAAUCCUGUCCGCACACGAAAUGAUUAGCGAAAAAUCCAGCUCUGAGCCUGGCCGCGGUUCCAUCAUGAUGGUCCAGCAGUUAAAAAUUGCUGCCUUGUGGAGCUCGUCUUCGCAGCAGAGGGCGGCGGCUGUGAAGAUGCUACAGGGGUUUCGAAAGGGAGGCUUUGCAGGCAUUUCGGCGCCAUCUCACGAGUAUUUUGCCGAUGUGGCGGCCUAUAUUCUUCGCAAAUACGCCGUUGAAGGGACUUGA